AUGCACCAUGCAGCUCUCGACGGCAACACUCUCUUCUUGUUUCUGAAAUCAUGGGCUCACAUAUGCAAACAAUUUCAUCAAUCUAAUGAUAUUUGGUUACCGGAUCAGCUCAAACCAUUUUAUGACAGAAGCCUUCGAAUUCACAAGCGCGAAGAUACAAGCUUUACGGAAAUAUGUCAUGACCAGAAUGAAAGAGAUCAGCACAAACAGCAACAAGAACGUGAUCCAUCGUUUCAUAUGUCAACGUUUUCGCUAACGUGCGCGUACACAUGGGUUUGCUUAGUAAAAGUAGAACAAGGAGAGGAAGAAGAAAUAAAAGGGGACAAAAUACUUGCAGAAGGAAAAGGACUUCUGGGAGAAGACGGGUUGGUUGUGGCGGUAAAUGCGAUCAGUGAAGCCAUUAAAGGUUUGGACAACGGGGGUGUUUCGAAUGGCGCGGAAGAUUUGGUUUCAAGAUUGUACCUCUCUGAUGGACAGAAUAGUAGUGCUGCUGAACCUCGCAGAGUGUAUACGACUGGAUCGCAUCGGUUUGACAUUUGUGGCACUGAUUUUGGAUGGAGAAGGCCGAGGAGUACUGAAGUGUUUCGAAAAAAUGGCACCGGAGCGAUCACUUUUUCAGAUGGCAAGAACGGUGGUGGCGCUGUUGACAUUGGGUUGGUUUUGGAAAAACAUCAUAUGGAGGCUUUUGCAUCUCUAUAUGCCAAAGGUCUUGAAACCCUUUGA